AUGAUUCCCGGUACGGAUUUGGCUAUACUAAAGACCGAGUUCAGCUCCUCUGUGCUCCAUGACUGCUUACAGAAGAUCGAAAGUCAGGCAGACUACAAUCUUUUAGAUGUUGAAGGUACUAUGAUCAUCAUCAAAAACGUCAUUCCAGUAUACUUAUCUUUAUCAAAAAACUCACAAGGAUUGUUAGUGAGAAUCAUUGCCCGAUCUUUUUCAAUACUUUCUCAAAUAGUGGAAUUUACCCAAAGGAAUCUGCAGCAGAAUCAAAAGCAAAAGCAAGUCUUCAAAUUAGUCCUCAAAGAUGUGUUGUACAUGGAAGUGCCCUGGUUUUACAAUUAUAUUGAAAACGUAUGUGGUGAAAAGUCAGUAUUGUUGAGAAGAAGUGUAAGGGCAUUAUUGUUUGGUAGUAAGUUGUUCAAUUUGUUGAGCGAAGAGGUCAGCAUAUUGGAAUACCUGAGUUGUUUGUCAGUUCAAUGGGAAUACCUCAUUAACGAUUUUCUUAAAAUACGAGACAACAAACAAGUACUUUCAAUAUUAGGAGACUUUUUAAGUGCAGUAUUGGGUUUACACCGAACGUAUGCCAGCGAUAUCAUUCUCGGUGAACUGUUUUUUCGGUCUAAGCAAUAUUUUGACUGCUUGCUUCUAAUCUUAAAAAAUGCUUCUUUGUUGGAGAAGGACAAAAUUAUUAGAAGAGCCAUUUUUCCAUAUUUGGAGUUGAGAAUCAAUAAUGACAACACAACAGAUAUUCAAAAUAUUUUUAAAAGUCUCCAAAUUCACGAUAUGAGUACCGCGGUUUUAUUACAACUCAAAUCACUUCCGAUGCAAAUGAUACUUCUAAAAAUUUCGUCCCAUGACACCAUUUUGAGCAAUGUAUACUCGCUGCUUCAAAUAUUGAAAGAACAUGCUGAUGGUGAUGAUGAAAAACAGGAUACACAGGUAUCUCAAUUAACAGUAUUUUCUCUGGAGCUGCUGAAAGGGUCUCCCGAAUUGGGUAAAAUAUCUCAUUCGGACCUUUUCUUGAAUAUGGUUACGCAACGGUUGAAUCAUUCAAGUUCCCAAUAUAGAGAACGAACAAUGUUCAUUGCCAAAGUAAUAACUGGUCAACAAUUGAAAUUCGAGAGCUCUUUCGAAAUACGGAUACCUGAUUUAAAUAUAGUUGAAUCGAGAGUUGAGAUCGAUUUUGACUCUUUAAAAAUACCAGAGUCUUCCGGGAGAGCGCUGUCUACUAAAACUAACCCAAUUGAAGCAUCUUCCUUAUUGGAAGAUGUUAUGCUUCCGAAUAGCGAUGACGAAGUGAGUGAAAGUGAAAUGGACAGUGAUGACGAAACAGCUACUGUCAAAAGUAAACGACACAUCGUAUUUCUGAAAGAUCUGUUAAAGGAAUACGAGAGUGGGGGAGAAAAGGAAUCAUUACCUUUGUUUCAACAAACUGUCAGAUUAGUACGUCAGAAACAAUACUUUCAAGCCGAAGUUGAGUACUAUUCCUAUGACUUAAUGAUGAAUGUAGCCACGUUGAACAACUCGUUUGAUGAGAAAGAUUUUGAGCAAUGGAGGAUAAAUGCACUUGUCAGCAUAGCUGUUGUGGUGCCACAAAAAAUAGCAGACAUGUUCACGAUAUUAUUCAACUCAGAACUUUCUUUACAGCAAAGAAUGGCUAUUUUGAGCUCCAUUGGCAUGGCAGCCAGAGAGCUAAGAGGGAUUGACGAUAAAAACAUUGUUAAGCCUAACUACGAUUUUCCUACCAAGAAACUUCCAGAGUUAAAAACAAGGGACUCGAACUCAAACCUAUUAGUAGAGGAGGCAGGACAGUAUGGAAAAGCAGAUGAUCAGUUUAUAUCAAACGGUAGAACCAAGUGGAGAUCAAAAAAGCUUGAUACCGUAGCAAAGCCAAUAAAAAAACUCAAUCAUUUCAGAAAGUUUGCAGCCCUGUUUUUCUAUCCGUUAGCUCACGGUUGGCUUAACGGGAUAGAUCUCGGCGCUCACAAUAAACUGUUCAAGACUCACUAUUUGACUACUUUAAGAAUUGUUUAUACAUGUGCCUAUCCAGUAAGCAACUACGAAUCAAUAAGCGCACUCAUGCAACAAAUUGUAGUAGAUGCAGCGGCGCAAGGUAUCGAUAUAGAAUAA